CCCCCGCCUGGCUCACUUCUGUCCCCAUCGCCCGCUGCUCUCACUACGGCCGGUCAGGAGGCGCCUCAGAGUUCACUGCGCGGUAGCUUCUGAUACGCUACUGACAUGAACAAAUGAAGUCAAAAGAUAUCGUUUUAUAUAUUGAAAAUAAUACAAAAGUGAUUAGUGAAUGACGCGCGUAUGUGACCCCCAAAGAAAUUUAAAUAUAUUGCAAUCAUAUAAUAUUACCAUCAACGGAUUAUAAAAUAUGCAAGUGAUAUGUCUAGUCCUCGUGAUAGUGUUCGCUGGUCAGGCCUGCCACGGUUUCCAAGGACCGUCUUACACAAUCGGUCGGGCACGCCGCGGUUCGACCCUGAGGGACUAUCCGGGGCACAGGAAACUCGAUACUAACCGUUUGAAAAAGCUGAACAAAGGGAUAAAAAGGAAGGAUUUCAGUGACGAACAGGGCGACCUCCAGCCAUUUACCGGAGUGUUACACAACCUCGCGGACACACCAUCUUCUGUGCGGACGUCCUCUCACUCACGCGACGGACUCCCCAUCGUAAAAUCAAGCAGCGUUCCUUUGUACCUGACGCCACCCAAACCUCCAGCCGCCCCCCGCCGCCUCCUGCACCCCCCUGCGAGGAAUAGCGGGGUCGAGGAGGAGGUCACGAGGGCUCCCUGGCCACACAUAAAACCUUCAUCUCCAUUCCACUUUCCUGUAGACCUGGAUGAAGGAAAGCCGUGUAGGAAUUCACCGCCGGGGAUGGUUGACAGCGUCCCUACAGCUCCCCCCCAGGUGUGCGAUCUCUGCCCCAGUGAACAGGGGAUGAACCCUCUGGACCCCUGCACGUGUGUGGGCGUCGGGGGGUCCAGCGCCGGCAUGAUCUCCAUCAGCUGCCCAUCGGAGACCGUCAGCCUGGACCAACUGAGCGACAUUUUCCACAACACGAACUUCAUCACAACACACGUCUUUCAAUUCAGCCUGCAGGGGUCCAGCGCUAACGGGGCUCUGACGCGAGACAUCUGGGGCGAGCUGGACUUCAAAUACGUCUUCAUCAACCACAACAAGAUCACCGAUGUGGACAACGGGGCUUUCAUCAGCUCCAAAGACACGCUCAUCUCCCUUGACCUAGCCAACAACGAAAUCAAGAGCUACAUAGCGUUAUAUAAUGACUUACCCAACCUCCUGUACCUCAACCUGGCCGGCAACAACAUCUCCCUCAUCUACUCAGAGGACUUCCAGUACCCCAAACUCACCGACCUCGACCUCUCGCACAACCAGAUCACUUCAAUAGGGAUGCACUCCUUUGCCGCCCUCAAGAAAUUACGGUCGCUUAACUUGUCCUAUAAUCUACUCACCAGCAUCGGGGACGAACGUUUCACUUUCAUCGAUCACGACUACACUAACGUCCUCGUCAUCGACUUGUCCAGUAACAAAAUAUCGCAUCUCAG